GGAGCUUGCCGGGGGUGCGGGGCAGGGGGAGCGGGAGGCGCCGCGAGGCCUGUCCAGCGGGGCAGAUCGUGGGGCGUGCGUGGGCUCGGGAGGGCGGCCAGCGCUCUCCAUCGGCGCGGGGCUGAGGCUGCUGCGUGACUUCCCUGGCUUUAAAUGGUGCGGCUGAUUCUGUUCUUUGGGGUUGGCCUCUCUUUCUUUGGAGCAAGAGUGAGCUUUUUAUUAAGCCUCCACCUCUCGUGAAACAAAGCAACUUAGGCUGUAGCAGAUGUCCAUUUGUCCUCUUGCAUGGCUUGCGUUCAAAUUCAUCUCAAAACGGUCUUUCAGAUGUGGUGGCACAGCUGGAGCCAUCCUGACCUGUCCCCUGGAAGUGGUGAAGACACGUCUGCAGUCAUCCCAGCUGGCAGUGCGGCCUCUGUGCCUCCCAGAGAUACAGCUGCCAGGGAUGAGUGUGAGGCUGAUCAAUCCCACCCCACCAUCUCCUGGAGUGCUCAAGUUGCUGAGGGCCAUCCUUGAGAAGGAAGGCAAACGGUCCCUGUUCCGAGGUCUGGGUCCAAACCUGGCUGGGGUUGCCCCUUCCCGGGCUAUAUAUUUUGCUGCCUAUUCUACUGCUAAGGAGAGGCUUAAUACUGUCCUGGUACCGGAGUCCAAGAAAGUACACAUAUUAGCAGCAGCCUGUGGAGGCAUUAGCUCAGCCACACUCACCAACCCCAUCUGGUUAGUGAAAACCAGGAUGCAGCUGGAAGCCAGGGUGAAGGGGGAGAUGGCCAGCAGUGCUCUCCAGUGCGCCAUGCACGUGUACCGCACUGAAGGCCUGCGUGGAUUUUACCGUGGGGUCACUGCCUCCUAUGCUGGAGUGUCAGAGACCAUCAUACACUUUGUCAUCUAUGAAGCACUGAAAAAGGAGCUGAGAAACAGCCAGCUUUCCCAUUCCCCAUCACUCACACUUCCACCAAACAACAGCGAUUUCUUGGCACUGAUGGGCGCUGCUGCUGUCUCCAAAACAUGUGCUACGUGCAUUGCAUAUCCCCACGAGGUCGUUCGGACGCGGUUGCGAGAGGAGGGGUCCCGGUACCGUUCCUUUGCACAGACUCUGCAGCUCGUGGUCCGUGAAGAGGGGCCCUCGGCUUUGUACCGGGGGCUCCUGGCGCACCUGAUCCGCCAGAUCCCAAACGCAGCCAUCAUGAUGGCUACCUAUGAACUCAUCGUACAUCUGGCCUCUUCCGCCUUGUAAGCUGUGGCACCUGGCUGAGGCUGCUCUGCAGGUGCAGGGACAUCGUGGUCCUGAGACCUGGUCCUUUGCAGUGCUCUGAGAGGCGGGGCUUUCUGUCACAGGUCCGAUCUGGAUCAGGAUUCUCAGGACGUGGCGACUGUUUUGUGCCAACUGUUUUGCUCCAAUGUGCACGGUGUAGCUUUUUUUUUCCUUCUGGAGAUUUGAAUUAUUCCAGUGCUUCAAGAUGUCAGGGCACUGGUUUGACAGUGCCAGUUGUAAACUCCCUUGAAUAAACAAAGGCAUGGAAUUUACUGGGAAGGAGACAAAGCAGAAAAGUUUGAGAGUGGCUUAACCCCAGCACGUUCACUUCUUUUGGACCCAGAAACAGCAAUACGUGGGGACAGCUGGGCACGAAGACAGACUAAGCUGAAACAUCCGAGAGAACUGCAGCAAGCAAAGAUCUUGUGCUGCAACCAUGCCCUCGGAGGGGCUCUUUCACCACCUACUGUACUGCCUUCUUGCCCCUAAGGAGGAUUUCUCAACCUUGGCUGCCAACAAAUUGCAGAAUUUGGGUCCUUCACAUGUUGCAGCCAUAGCCCCAAGAUGUGUCAGGCAGCUGACAGCCCCUCUUUGUCUUGCAGGGUCUGAAAACCCAGACCAAGAAGAUCAGGGAAGAAGCACAACCUGCUCUGGAGCACUAUCCUAACAACUCAUGCUACUGCUGGACUCAGAGCCAUGCUGUGCUAGUAUCUGUUGUGUUUCCAUCCCCUCCAUGCUCAGCAGAAAGUGGAAGAUGCCUCCUUCCUCCAGAAGUGCUGGGGCUGUUCUAAAAGCUGAAACCCUUGGUAUAAAAAAUACUCUAUCAUACUGAUAAAGAAAGCAGAUCAUGUGAGAAGAUGGAUGAAACUAAGGAGAUUUGGCCUGUUUCUGCUGAUACACUAAGUGUAUGGAAAGAACCUUAUUUAUUUUGUUUUCCUGUGUUCAAGAACUCAGUUUGCUGCACGUGCUACAUUUGCCUGUGAUAGGCUUGAGUGCCUUCUGUUCCUCUGUGGGUCUCUAGCACUGAGUCCUGGGGAAGGCUGCAUUGUGUUUACAGAGUAUUUUGGUUCUCAAAAAGGCAGGGAACAGGGUCCUGAGUGAUGUGUUUUUCUUGUUUCAUCACAUGCUAAAAAAUGUAACCCUUCCCCGAGAUAAGGUAGUAAUUUCAGUAAACACGUGCUCUGGACAAGCUCCAGCUUCACAUUAGAGGCUACGCUAUUUCUUUCCCUGGUGGUAGUGAAAAACUGCAGAAGUCCUGAAUGUUUUAUUUGAAAUCCAUUUAUUUUAAAAUCCACUUUGUUUCCUCAUCUUUCUUACCUUCAUUCAUUUAGUAUUAGGAGUAUUGACAAUUUUACAAAGCGACACAAAGCUGCAGUGGUUUGUUGGUUGUUUGUUUUUUUUUUGUUGUUGUUUUUUUUGCAUGAAACGAGAAUAAACCUCAAAUGACAACAUUGAAAAAAUAUACAAUAUAUAUAUAUAAUAUCUGGGGAGGGGUUGUGAGAAACCCCACUCUGAGCCCUAUGGCUGGCUCUGCCUUUCAGAUUUCCAUUCUUUCCAACACCUGCAUCACAGUCUGAACUGUGCCACCAUCAUGUGUAAGUGCCCUAACAGAUUGUUUCUGGAGAGCCAGAUGGGGGGUCAAUAAUGUGGGGAAUGUCCACAAUGAGAAUGGCAGAAGAUGAAGGAACAUGGGGGGCAGAAACGAUCAAUGAGGGAGGAGCACAUGUACACGGUGGGGGAGGAAAGAAGUUGAAA